ACUGGAGGCGGUUACUUUGGUAUCCUGAGUCAAGUUUGAGUCUGGCGAGUUGCGGUUGAUAUCUCAGCAGGAGUGGGACCCCGAGGCCUCAGACUUAGGCUUUUAUCUGUCCGGGGACUCCCCUCCUCUUUCAGCGUCUUCCCCAUAACCGGAUACGGAUUAUUUGGACUCUACCUCAGACCCAGGAGUCACAGAUCCCAAGAAGGAUGGCCCCUCUCAAGAAGCGUCGAAAUACCACAAGGUUGCCCCUGGCUUUAAACCCCCUGAAGAGCAAGGACGUGUUGGCAGUGCUGGCUGAGAGGAACCAGGCUAUAGUUCCCGUUGGGGCUUGGGUGGAACCUGCCUCACCACAUAGUUCGGAGAUCCCAGCACAUACUUCAGCAUAUAUGAUUGAAGAAGAACUAAAGGAACAGCUAAGAAAAAAACAAGAAGCUUUGAAGCGUUUUCAGAAACAAGUCAAACACCGAGUAAAUCAACAAAUUAGGCUGAGGAAGAAACAACAGCUUCAGAAGUCUUACGAAGCAGCACAAAAAGAAGGCUCUAUAGCCAAAAAGUCUUCAGAUUCAGCACACUUAACUCCUAAAAGAACAAGUGUUUUUCAAAACAAUUCGAAUGCUGCUAUUGGAAGUGCUAGUUUACCUCCUUCCCAGAUGUUUGGGGAUGGAAUAGAAGAUAGAGAAAAUCAGAAUCAAUUAAUCCAACAAGCCCAGGCUCUUAGUCAAACCAUGAAACAGGCACGUCAUCGGCUGGCAUCCUUUAAAACUGUGAAUAAUAAAAAUGCAUCAGUGUUUUCAGAUGAUACAAGGAAAUGCUUUCCCAUCCAAGAGGAGCCUGAUGCUGAGGAAUCUUCGUCUGUCGCGGUAGACAGCAAAAGGAGAGAAAGUUGGCUUUGGUGGCACCAACAGGAUGUCCUCCUCGAACAGAAGGACAGAGUUUACGGCAGAGUGCGGAAAGUACAAUUCAAAAAUCCAUUAUUUGCUAUAAUGGAAGAGGAAGAGCUACAGAAGUUACAUCUUCAGGAUACUCUGCCAGAAACCCAGGAUUAUAUUCCCAAAGUCCAAGUUGAUCUGCUGGAAACCCAAGGUGAUUUGACAGGAGUCCAGAGUAUUGAUCUCGAAGCCCAGAAUAUUGAGCCACAUACCCAGGGUAUUGAGCUGGAAGGCCAUACUGUGGAAGGCCAAGCUGUUGAGCCCAAAGCCCAGGCCAUUGAGCCUGAAGCCCAGGUUGUGAAGACAAAACCUCGGGGUUUUAUGCUGGAAGCCCAGAAUAUUGAACUAGAAGAUGGAAAUAUGUUGGACGUCCAGGAUUUUUUAUCCCCAAAUCAGGCUUUUCUACCCAAAGACCAGAAUAUUCUACCCACAUGUCAGGACCAGAACAUUCUACCCAAUGGCCAGAAUAUUCUACUCAGGUGUCAGGACCAACAUUUUCUCCACAAAGACCAGCAUGUUCUCCCCAAAGACCAGAAUGUUCAACCCAAAUAUCAGGACCAGGAUUUUAUACCCAAAGACCAGCACAUUCCUGCCAAAGACCAGAUUAUCCUACUCAAAUCUCAAGACCAGCAUUUUCUACCCAGAGACCAGUGUGUGCUCUCCAAAGAACAGAAUACUCUGCCCAAAUGUCAAGACCAGGAUUUUCUACCCAGAUAUCAGAACAUGUUUUUCAAGCAGCCGUCAUCUUUUGUGAGAGAAGAGAGAGCGAGAGGUGAAUUGCUUGUGGAGUGUCAUCGUUAUGUUAACCCUCAAGUCCAAGACCAAGCCUCCCUUGGAGAUCAGAGCUUAUACUCCAGGCAGCAGCCAUCUGCUGGGGCAGCUGAGAGACGGCGAGAUUUGCUUCCAGAUGGUCAUCAUUGUCUUCCACCCAAGCACCGGAGAGAGGCUUCUGGCGGAAGACAGGUUUGUGAUAAAUGUCAAUCAAGAUUGAGCACUGAAUGCCAAGCUCCACCGACGUUUCGGUUUGGAGCAGAUCAAGAGGAAGACAGGAAAGAGCGUCAAAAGCGGUAUCUGAGAUACAGACGCCUUUUCAUGGAUAUUGAAAGAGAGCAAGUAAAAGAGCAGCAGAGGCAAAAAGAACACAGGAAGAGAAUUGAAAAAAUUAAGGAAAAGAAAGAGCAGCAGCGCCGUGCCGAAGAGCAGAGGAUGUUAAGAACGAGCCUCCCUGAAGAGCAUUAUUCGGGGGAGAAGAUCAGCGAGAUGUUAGCCCGGCUGCGGCUCGAGGAAGCGAAGGGGGCCGGAGAGAGAGAGCGGCGGAGAGCGAAGGAGCGCCAGAGGUACGUAGAAGCGUUAAGGGCCCAGAUCCAGGAGAAAAUGCGGCUGUACAAUAUCACUUUACCUCCGCUGUGCUGCUGCGGCCCUGACUUCUGGGAUGCUCAUCCUGAUACCUGUGCCAACAACUGUAUUUUCUAUAAAAACCCCAAAGCAUAUACCCGGGCACUGCAUUCAGUCAUUAAUUCCUGUGAUACCCCUGAGGGGAACUCAGCUCUUCGAGCCGCCAUUCAUAAUUUUGCUUCUGCACACAGACGGACUAUGAAAAAUGUAUAAUAAGAAUGUGAAAUCAACUGUUAGUAUUUCAGCCUUCACUUAAAAUCGACUCUCUGAGAGAUUAUUUAGGUAAAGCUGUUAAAGUGUGUAAGAUGUGUAAUCUGGAAAGAAAGCCCCACGUAACAACUGUCUCUACAAUUAGAUUGGAGCCGGUGUUUCAGUCUCCUUGGGACCUUGAUGGAAAGUUGACUUCCAAACUUGUCUCUUUGCUUGAACCAUGUGGAGUCUGUUUUAAAAAUGAUCAGUCAGACCAGUGAGGUUUAUCUUACUUUGCUCUGCUCUGAUCAGAAGAGAUCAUGAGAAAUCUUUGUGAUUAUCUCAUUUAUUGUUUUUCCAAAACUGUACCUUUGAAUCUUGGCAAAAUUGAAAAUGUCUGGAUGAAGCGGAAAAGAUGAUGAUGAAAUGGGUUUCUGCGCAUCAGUGGCCAUCUAGAUUGCUGUUUGCUUUUCUAGUUGCGUUUAACAGUUAGAGAUGAGAAGAAUUUGAAUUUGAUGCACUUUUCCCCCUCAAAAAUCUCUUCUCUCUUUUUUUAACUUAUUACCCGUUUCCCCAUUCAGUGACAUUGGACAAAACCCUUUUUAAUUUUAUAAUUUUCAUUGCCAAAAAAUGGAAAAUAAACCCUCUGUCGUUUCAGCAU